UGACAUUUUUGACAUUUUAUUGGCUUUUCUGUUAGUUUUGGAGGUUAUAUUCUAAAAAAUAAAAUUAAUUAAAUAUGGAAAAUAACGUAAGACUUUUAGUUUUAUUCGGAAGCCAAACUUAUACGGCACAAGAAAUAGCUGAGAGGAUAUGGCGCGAUACAAAAGUUCUCGGUUUUAAAGGGCCUGUUCUAGCUAUGGAUGACUACCCUAUUUCGAAUCUCAUUUAUGAGAAACUAGUACUAUUUGUGUGUUCUACGACUGGCGAUGGUGAUGAACCAGAUAAUAUGAAGACCUUCUGGAAAUUUCUGCUUCGGAAAAACUUGCCAUCAAACUCUUUAAUCAACUUAAAGUACGCAGUGGUUGGAUUAGGGGAUUCCUCAUAUGCUAAGUUCAAUUUUGCUGCUAAAAAGCUACAGAAACGGUUAUCACAACUAGGGGGUACACCUUUGCAUGAAACUGCACUGUGUGACUACCAACAUGAUUUAGGUCAUAAUGGUGUAUUAUCAUCAUGGUUAAAGAAUUUCUAUACAAAGCUAAAAUUAUGCUCCACCAAUGUAACUCCAGAGAUCACUGAAACUAAAUUUGUACCACGAUGGAAAGUAUCUCUAAAUAAGAGGGGAAUAGAUGAUGUUGAUGAUUUCAAUGAAGAUAUUUAUUUUAGUAAUGGCAACACAGCACAUUUCGUAAACCCAUUACAUUUGGAAAUAGAAAAAAAUAAGAGAAUAACAGAUGAAUCACAUUUUCAAGAUGUAAGGCUUAUAACAUUUAAGACAAUCAAUGAUAAACUCAAAUUUGAUCCAGGAGAUACAUUAAAUAUCAGACCUCGGAAUAGUACAGCGGAUAUAAAAGAUUUGUUUGAUAUUUUUGAAACCCACAAUUUAGAUAUAAAAGCCCACUAUAUAUUGAAUUUUGAGGAAUGCCAUGAAGACAUGCCUGUACCGAACUUCCUCAAGCAACCACUGUCCGUUUACAUGAUAGCCGAACAAUACUGGGAUUUGAAGGCGUACCCCACACAAUACGUGUUCGCUCUUCUAGCGCUUGUGUCUGAAGAUAAGUUAGAGAGAGAGAAAUGUAUAGAGCUCAGCUCACCAGAAGGUCAGGAGGAAUGGUUGAACUAUUGUAGAAGGCCUAGGAGAACCAUUCUGGAGGUACUCCGAGAUUUCCACAAGUCAACGUCCAAGUUGACGAUAGACGUUCUCUUCGAGCUGUUCUCCACCAUCAAGCCGCGUUCCUUCUCUAUAGCCAGCAGUUGUGUGCCUGCCGAAGGUGAAAAACUAGAUCUUCUAGUAGCAGUAGUUGAAUAUUCCACGAAGAUCAAGAAGCCGAGACUUGGAUUGUGUUCCAACUGGAUGAAACAUCUUGACGUGGGCCGCAGACUAUAUGGGUGGAUCAACAAAGGAGUAUUUAAGUUUCCGGAACCGAAUGUUCCUCUGAUAUUGAUCGGUCCCGGAACUGGUCUGGCUCCAUUCCGCAGUUUAAUCCAAGACCGGAUCGCGCGGGGAGUCGCUGGUAACAUUCAUCUGUUCUUCGGGUGUCGGUACAAAGAGAAAGACUUCCUGUGUCGCCGCGAAAUAGAGAAAUGGGAGACAGAUGGACACGUCGUCGUGUACUGCGCGUUCUCGAGGGACCAGGAGGAGAAAGUAUACGUCCAACAUAAAAUAAGUGAGCACCGCAACACUCUCCGGGAUCUAAUCCUGUCGGGAGCACACAUUUACGUUUCCGGGAACUCCAAGAAUAUGCCCGACAAUGUCAGGGAUAGCUUUAUAGAGAACGUUCUUUGUGACCUUGAAGACGGUAAAGGUUUCGUGAAGAAUAUGGUGCAAACUGGCAGAUACCAGACGGAGACUUGGUGAUAGACACUGUAGUUGAAUAUAUUGUUAUAACCGAUGUACAUAAUAUAAAUAAAUACUAUAUAUACCACCGUAAUGUAUAGAUUUUCUCUAAUGUAAAUCAGCAAUGAUAGUUAUCAAUAUUAUAAAUUAAAAUAAAAAUUACUAAAUUACUGUAAAACCGAAGGACUAAUCGAAUUGUGAUGUGACAUUAAGGGUAUGUUCCGAUAUGCACUGCGACCACUGUACAGUGUGACGUCAAUUUAGUAUACUGUGAAGCCGUUCCUUUAUAGCCAGUUAUACUGGUUACUAUUUAAAACGGAACGCAAUCCCGUAUACUGUCAGCCGCAUUGACGCAGGAUUCAAAUGAGUGUAUUAAAGUUUUCUACUUCAUUAAAAAAACUGUUAUUGGAGUACUGUCAAAUAUAUUUGGGAUUAAACUGUAGGUAUUGUUUAUAAAACGUUAGGCACUCGAGUGGUUGUGACUGAUCACGUGAUCAAAGUACUUCGAGUACCUUAUCUUGAAAACGCUAGUGCUCACAGUAAAUUAUGACGUCAUAUAUUUCCCUAGGCUACUGCGGCCUAAAUACUGUCAGUCCAUAACGGAACGAAUUUUUCUACAGUGAUAGCACUGUGUACAUACAUAUCUGCGCUCGCAGUACAUAUCGGAAUAUACCCUAAGUGUCUAACAGCUCGUGUAAUAUAAUUUAGUGAUUGUUACGUAACAUAAUUUAAUUUUGGAAAAUUAAUUAUCUGUUCCUGCAAUUCCCGAAAUAAUUUAAGUCAUAUUAUUUAAUCGGAUGAAAUAACAACUGGGUUGUACUGACUGAACUUCUACGAAUUUCGUAAUUAACUGAAGAUUUCAAAGGAGGAUGGCGAGAAUGGACCCACAUAAUUUAAAAAUUAAGGGAGUAACGUACAAGUACAAGUUUAUAUUAAUUAGAAACAUAAGUUUAUACAAUGUUUAUAUAAAAACAUUGAAUCGCUAAGAUAUGGGAGUCAAAAGAAAGAAAUUAUUAUAAUUUUUUAAUUAUGAGAUGUUGCGAACUCAUUGUGAACAGACGUGUCGAAUAAUCUUUAUUUGUCAUUUAUAAAUAAUCAUUAAGCUAAAGUGUGACCUAGUUUCAUGUUAACAGGCAGUUAUGUAAUAACUGUGCGAGACGUGUUCAUAGUAUAUAUUUUAUUAACUAUGUAUGUAUAUUUUAAAAAUGGAAAAUAUUCCAUUUAAUCGAAGUAACAGGACUGCUCGCUCCCCACCUCCAACAACCGCACCCGCACCUCGCCCGAAAGAUCCAAGACGAAAAUGUGCUUGAAGUCAUCCACACCAGAGUUACAGAUAUCGUCCAUUGACCAGUGCUUAAAUGAAAUGUGCUCUAUUGCUGCAGAAGGAAAGCUUCAUACUGAUUAGAAAUUACGGAUCAAUGCAUUAUGCCGAAGAGUGGGUCAUGGUACUUCGCAGAUGGCUGUGCAAUACCAGUCUCUCAAUUCUAAAACUUUUCAAGCGCAUUCUUCCAUACAAACUCUCCAAAGCCAACUUGACCUAUCCCAGCGACUUCAAGACCUGAAGAAGAAGCUGAGCAUUGAGGAGUCUUUUAAACCUGCCCCGGGAACAUCAUUUGCUGAGAUGUUGAAAAAGGUACUAACAAUUUCAUCCAACCAAAUAAUUUUAGGUCAGUUGCCAUCUAUCUCAAUGACAAAUUGAAGUCAAGCGAAAAGACGAAAUCUCUUGUACAAAAAAUUAUUUGCCCAGAUCAAAUCAAAUUACUUGGCCUGAGGCCUGUGCAAGGCGAGGAAUGGGGGUGUCAUAAUCAGCACAGAUAAUAAGGUGGACAUCCAGAAGCUGAAACAAUCUGAACAGCUAAAGCACUCAGGAUUUAUGACCGAUGAGCCUUUUAAACGUAAGCUUAGAGUUAUGCCGAUGACUUUUAAGAUUCCAGCCUCGAAUCGUUUUUAAGCUCAAUUAAGUUAAGGUUAAAGUUAUAAAUCGCCUGAUUUAGGACGCUGAAACCUGCAAUUAUAUAAUUGAAGUUACCGCAACCAUACGCAAAGCCCUCAUGUCAUAGGAUCAAGUGUUUGUUAAUUGUCUUGUCCUGUGAGAGACUUUACUUUUGUCACAAGGUAUUUUAAGUGUCAGCAGUAUGGUCAUGCGGCCAGGAGUGAACAUACACGUGUAGCCACUGCGGAGAUAAAGGUCACACAAUCAAGGAAUAUCUAAAAGAGGCAGAUGUACCGAAAUAUGCUUCUUGCUUACAUUUUAAAAAGCCAAGCGAUCAUAACACAGGCGCUUCUGAUUGCCCAGCGAAAAUAAUGGCUGAAAAAGAGUACAUAAAUUCUGUUGAUUAUGGUGGCGCCUAAGAGCGCCUAUUAUAAGUAUUUUUGUAGCCUUAUUCUAUUAUUUUUAAUAUUCUAUAUUCUUCUCUCUUCAUAAAUAAAUUGAAUUGAAUAUGAUAUGAUUAAAAUAUCUACAUCUACAUUUUUUGACAUGACAGUCCUUGUCAUUACUUAUAUGGAUGUUCCGACACCAUCGUACUAUCUUGACCUACCUCAAACCAGUAGUAAUUAACAAUAAGAUUAUUAUCGUUCUUUCAUACUAAAAUGAGUAGGUCACUUCUUUUAGAGUAUCGAUCGAUACCUGCUUGAAAUAAUGAAUUGUGAAACCUCAAUUAUCCUUGACUAUCCCACUGCUGGCCAACAUUCCACAUAUUCUAAUAUAUAAAAUUCUCAUGUCGCGGUGUUUGUAGUUAAACUCCUUCAAAACGGCUUGACCGAUUCUCAUGAAAUUUUGAGUGCAUAUUGGGUAGAUCUGAGAAUUGGACAACAUCUAUUUUUCAUCCCCCUAAAUGUUAAGGGUGGUCCACGCCAUUUUUUUUUUUAAUUUUCGUGACAUGAUUUUUAAAUUUGUUUGAUUAUGAGUCAGCAUUAAAAAAUACAUAAAACUUCAAAUUUUCACCCAUCUACGAUCAACAGUUACUUUUGUAUCGCGAUUUUAAUAUCGGCAAUACAACGGUUGCUGGGUCAGCUAGUUAUCUAUAUUAUCUAUUAGCAGACAGUAAUUAGGCAUAGACAUAAGAUACAAAUUAUUGAUUGAACAAAAGAUUUAUUUAUUUAAUUUAGAUUAGAUAUCGUUUAAUUUUAAGUUAUAUCAUACCACUUUUUGUAUACAUCGUAACAGUUUAUUCUUUCGUUCUACUAUUAUUAAUAAGUUUCCGUGAUGUGAAAGAAAGAAAGAAAAAAAAUUAUUUGGAAACGUAUAAGUAUGUAGUAUACAAAGACAUAACAUUAAAAAUAAAUAUAAACUUAAGAUUGAAAAAAUAUUUAUAUAUAAAUUAAAAGCAAAACUUUUUACUGGUAGGAAACUAAAAGUAACGUGGUAUAAAAACUAAAUCUUAUAAACUUACAUAAGGUUACCUAAUUUAAAAUUAAUUUCUUAAGUGUUUCUAUCUGAUGUAAACCACUUCUUUCAGUGGGUCCCAAAUACAUGCAUACUCGCCAUCCUCCUUUUGAUAUAAUUUUUUGUACAUAUUAUGUAUUUUUUUCGGUGAAGCGAAGCGCACCGGUCACUACGAAGUAAUAUGAAUUGUAAAUAAAACAAAUAUAUUUAUGAAUAAAUUUUUUAUUGUUUUGAA